CUUUUAUUCGUGGAGAUCCCAUCGGCGUUUUUUCAAGUGCUAUCUCUUCUUUUCUUUCUCACAAACAGAUUUCUGAUUUUGGGUUUGGUUGAGAUUUUGUAGUGGUAACUGGGAUUAGUGAAUUCUUGGAUUGAACAAAAAAUCAAGGUUUAGCAUGGCGGAAACCAGCACGUGUUCUAUGAUAUCUCGAACUAAAAGUGAUGUAACAGCAAUGAAGGAGACACUUUUUGCUCAACAGCAACUUCUGCAAAAUCUAUACACAGAGUUGGAUCAGGAAAGAGAGGCUUCGGCUACUGCGGCAAGCGAAGCACUGGAGAUGAUACUGCGUUUGCAAGGAGAAAAGACUGCGGUGAAGAUGGAAGCCAUUCACUACCAGAGAAUGGCAGAGGAGAAGAUAGGCCAUGCUGAGGCCUCUCUUGAAGCAUUUGAAGAGAUUAUAAACCAGAAGGAAAUGGAAAUCACAUCACUCGAGUUUCAAGUGCAGGCUUAUAAGCACAAGCUUGUGAACUUGGGUUGUGAUCUAAAUGCCAGUGAGUUUGAGUUCUUGAAUAGAGGUGAUAUAGGAAAUGGAGAAAAUGUUGGUCAAAGUAGCACUGUAAGAAGGCUACAUUCAAUGCCCCCAAUUCAGUUAAAGAGUCCCUUGAAAGCUUCUGCUAGAAAAAGGGAAAGAUCACCUAGUCCAAUGCUUGAUGUGAUUCCUGUGGUGGUGGAGGAUAGCAUUGACCGGGAUGUUGCUCCACCUAGCUUGGAUUUGUCAAGAAAAACAGUUGACUUUCGAUGCGACAAUGGAACUCCUGAUUCAUAUUUGAAUCAGAUAAAGAUGUUGAAUGAACAAGUGAAAGUGGUUUCAGAUUGUGGAGAAGGAGAAAAGAGUGCAAAUUUGAGUGGUAGAAGUGGGAGGUCAUGUUCAAUUGUUUCACAAGCUAGCACUGAGAUAACAUGUGACAUAACAGAUAGAUUGAUCUCUAGUAAUUCAGAUGCAACAAGUCAAGGUGGAAGUACAAAUGAUGGAGAAGGGGCUGCCGGUAAUUCUCCUUGCUUGCUUAAUGUACAUGAUGUGUUUGAAGUUCCAGAAACUAGUGAAAUGCAUGAAGUUAGUGAACAUGGGAAAAGAGGGCUUGAGAAAUGGAACUCUGAUGCAGAGAACAGAUUGACAAAACCGGAUCCGGUGUCUGAGGGAAUGGUUGAAUCACCAAUUAAAGAUGGUGUAGAAAAGAACAAGGGCAUGCUUAAAGUACAUCGUGAAAUAAAAACUCCUUGGCCUAAAGAUGUGAUGAUGACUAUUGGCCAGAAAAGAGAAGGGAUGGGUGUGGAUUGCGAUGCUGAAGCUGAGUUUCAAAAGUUGAAUCAGAGAAUUGAGAGGCUUGAGAGGGAGAGAAAUAGUGCAAGGCAAGAGAUUACACAUGAAGAGAAUGGUGAAGAGCAGUUAAAGCUAUUAAAGGACAUACAAAGUCAACUCAACUUAAUACAAUCAGAGAUUAGAGGCUGGAAAACCAAAAAAGCCACCCCUAUGGAUGAUGUGUCUUUGUCUUUGGCUUCUCUCCAGGAGGCAAUGUUGCACUUUUGGCUUUGAUGAAGUAACUACAGAAUGACCAUCUUAGAUGACCGACCAACUCACUGCAUUUUAUGAUGUAAAUACGGUUUGUAUCCAGUACAGAACUGUAGAAUUAAUCCUCUA